AUGCCUUUGCCUGCCCACUGCUGGGUCCAGUCUCCUGCUCCUUCCUGGGCCUGCAGCCCUGGAGAAUUUGCUCACUCAGGUAGGAGUGCCGCUGUGGGCAGUGGGCGGCGGCAGCGGACGACCGGCCAGGCUGACCACCUCUGCCUGACUCAGAUCCCUAAGGGCCGGGCCGGCAGCCUGCCCACGACCUCCAUCGGCUGGCGCUUCCAGCUCUGGUCCCUAGGACUCUCCUGCCCGGAGCGCCACCUGGCCAGGCGCCUCAAGAACAAUAGCUUCUACCCAUUCAUACAGCAGCAGCCAAAUGUCUUCGUGCUCGAGUACUACCUGGACACAUUGUGGAAGGGGAUGCUGCUCUUCGUCAUCAGCGUGGUCCUGCUCAGCUUCAGCUCCCUGAGAGAGGUGCAGAAGCAAGAGACCUGGGUCUUCCUCGUGUACGGCGUGGGCGUGGGCCUGUGGCUCGUGAUCUCGUCGCUGCCGCGGCGCCGCCUGGUGCUGAACCACCCGCGCGGCGUGUACCACUUCUCCAUCCAGGGCCGCACCGUGUGCCAGGGCCCCUUGCACCUGAUCUACGUGCGCCUGGCGCUCAGCUCCGAUGCCUACGGAAGGUGCUUCUUCCAGCUGGUCCUCGGCGGCCACAGGUUGGAGCCCCUGGUGCUGGUGCAGCUGUCCGAGCACUACGAGCAAAUGGAAUACUUGGGGCGUUACAUCGCCCGGAAACUCAACAUCAACUACUUCGACUACCUGGCCACCUCCUACCGGCACGUGGUUCGCCACUGGCCACCCCCUAGCGCUGGCACUGUGAUGCGCGGGAACCCCGUGGGUCACAAGCCCGGCUCCUCUCAUUCCAACCUGGAGGUGUGACUCUGAGGGCCUCCCCCACCCCGGGACUUCGUUCUCCGUAACCUCCCAGUCCCACUCGGGCAGAUCAAAUGUGAGUCUCACUCACUGGCCUUCCUUUCAAUAAAGCUGCCUCAGCUUC